CGGCCUCGGGCCCCCCUGCUGGCCAGGCGUGCCCGCGGGAAGGUUUCCCCUCUGGGGGCAUCCACGGAAACAUGGCCGCGACCCCCGCUCUGCCUCCCAGCGCCGCCUCGCCCCGGCGGCGGCUGCUGCUGCUCCUCCACCUCUCGUUAGCCUUCUGGCCGCAGAGCAGCCGCGGCGCGGAGGACGCGCCGGAGCUCCUCAGCCCGGAUCCGCCGCUGCCGGAGUCCGCCUUGCAGAAGCCCACCGUCUUCUUAGCCAUCCUGGCCAGGAACGCCGCCCGCGCCUUGCCCCACUUCCUCGGCUGCGUGGAGAGGCUGCGCUACCCCAAGAGCAGGAUCGCCGUCUGGGUAGCCACAGACCACAACAUUGACAACACAACGGGUAUCCUGAGAGAGUGGUUGAAGAAUGUACAGAAGCUGUAUCACUAUGUGGAGUGGAGGCCAAUGGAUAACCCUCAGUCUUAUCCAGACGAGAUUGGGCCCAAACACUGGCCGAACUCCAGGUUUACCCACGUGAUGAAGCUGCGGCAGGCGGCUCUGAGAACUGCCAGAGAAAAAUGGUCUGACUACAUCAUGUUCAUCGAUUCUGAUAACUUCCUGACAAACCCAGAAGUGCUGAAUCUGUUGAUAGCGGAGAACAAGACCAUUGUGGCACCAAUGCUUGAAUCACGCAAUCUCUACUCAAACUUCUGGUGUGGAAUGACUCCUCAGGGUUACUACAAGAGAACACCAGAUUACGUCCUGAUCAGGGAAUGGAAGAGGGUUGGUUGCUUUGCUGUCCCGAUGGUUCACUCCACGUUUCUGAUCGAUCUGAGAAAAGAGGCCUCCGAUCAGCUGAUGUUUUAUCCCCCACAUCAAGACUAUACCUGGACCUUUGAUGACAUCAUUGUCUUUGCCUUCUCAAGUCGCCAAGCAGGCAUUCAGAUGUACCUCUGCAACAGAGAGCAUUAUGGUUUCCUCCCUGUGCCCCUGAAACCUCACCAGAUGCUGGAGGACGACAUUGACAACAUUGUGCAUGUGCUGAUUGAGGCAAUGAUUGACCGUCCAACAAUUGAACCCUCUGACUAUGUCACAGUUCCUCCAAAACACCCAGACAAGAUGGGAUUUGAUGAGAUUUUCAUGAUAAAUCUGAAACGUCGAAAGGACAGGCGGGAUCGAAUGUUACAAACUUUGUAUGAGCAGGAAAUUGCAGUCAAGCUGGUAGAAGCUGUGGAUGGAAAAGCUCUGAAUACAAGCCAACUCAAAGCUCUCAACAUAGACAUGCUUCCUGGUUACCGGGAUCCUUACUCCUCGAGAGUACUAACCAGAGGGGAGAUUGGGUGCUUUCUGAGCCACUACUAUAUCUGGAAGGAGGUGGUGGAGAAGGAGAUGGAGAAGACCCUGGUCAUUGAAGACGACGUGCGUUUUGAACAUCAGUUCAAGAAGAAGCUCACAAAGAUGAUGGACGAGAUCGAGAAAGCUCAGCUAGACUGGGAACUCAUCUACAUUGGCCGGAAACGGAUGCAGGUGGAGCGUCCCGAGAAGGCCGUUCCCAAUGUUAUGAACCUUGUGGAAGCCGAUUACUCUUACUGGACACUUGGCUACGUCAUCUCUUUGCAGGGGGCUCAGAAGUUGAUUGAUGCUGAGCCUUUCAGCAAGAUGCUGCCGGUUGAUGAAUUCCUGCCGGUCAUGUACAACAAGCACCCAGUUGCCAAGUACAUGGAAUACUAUGAACCCAGAGACCUGAAAGCCUUCUCUGCAGAGCCUCUGUUGAUCUAUCCGACACAUUACACAGGGCAGCCCGGCUACCUCAGUGACACAGAGACCUCCACCAUCUGGGACAAUGAAACGGUGGCCACUGACUGGGACAGAACGCUGUCCCGGAAGUCACGGCAGCAGGGCCAGAUCCACACAGAUGCCCAGAACAAGGAUGCCUUACCACCUCAGCCCUCUCUGGACGCCUCAUCGGCAAGGGACGAACUAUGACUGCUCACUUGGCUGCGAGACCCUCACAAGCUCAGCAACAGCUGCACCUGCCUCGGGUUCCUUUUUCCUUUUGGCUUAGAAGCUUCCAAAGAUCUUACUGUGCAGUUUUAAUUGGCAAACCGAUCGACUGGAUUGGAUGCGUCUUGAGACCUUGUGGGGGAGAUGUUGAUCCUGAGCGAGUCAGGCUAGCAGACUUCUGAGAAGUCCUGUAUUGACGGUUGGCCAUCUCUGUGGCUUACAGAUUCGUAUCCUAGAAACAUCUGUUGAGCUGCCGGAGGGCUCAACAGGGGAGUGAGUUUAAUGCUUACCUAAGAAGAUGGUUCCUUGAAAGGCCUCUUUCUACAGUCCCUUAUGUAGAAUUACUGUAUUUAUAAAGAUUAAUAUAUACAGGGGUUAGGAGAGGCGUACAGGCCUCUCUUUGUCAUUCUGCUGUUGCAUAACAUGAAUUGUUGCUGGUUUUCAUUUUGUUAAUCACAUGCUCUGGAUUUAUAAGGGAAAGAGAGGGUUCCGUCUCCAAAGGAUCAUUGUCAGGAAUCAAAUUGCUUUAUACUGGGCAGGGGGCUGCUGGCUCUUUGUCCUGGCCCUUCUCCAAACCAUCAAUGGUUCCAGUAGUUUGGCUCUCCUCUCGUAGAGCCAUAAAAUUCAGUUGCUAUUAUGAAGGAUUUCUAACAACUUCCCAUUUGAAAAAUGUUGUACUGUCUGUAUCGAUUUUUCCAACCCAAUUAGAUCCCUCUCUGUUCAUGACUUUAAAAAUUUUUUUAACAGUGCAUGUAAACUGGUUAUCUCAUACUUCCAGUUCAGUGUGUCAUUGUUCCCACCUCAAAUCAAUUUCAAGUCCAAAAAGGGGAUGUGUGCCUUAAAAGAGUAUUCUUUUUUUAAACUUCAAAGCAAAGGCAUGAGGGUUUUGAUGAAAACUGAGAGUCUACGUUUUGAAGUUGUAACCAAGGGUGCCAGUGGCACCAGGUUUGCUGUUUGGUCUUUUUGACAGUUUCAUUUAAAGUGGUUUGUGAAUCUGACUGAAGAAUAUUUGGCUUCCUCCCUCCCCACCCCUUAAGACCAAGUUUGUCCCUUUUUGGGAUGAGCAGCAAUAUUCUCCCUACCAGGUACUGCCUCCAUUGGCUAAGUUCUUGUAAUUUUUAAAAGUGCUGCACCAUAAAAAUAAUUUCUGGAACAAAACGUUAAAGAAGGCGAAAAAAGCAAGAAUCUUAAUGCAUAUUUUUUUUAAAAAAAAUCCUGCUGUAGAUGCUCUACAUGGGAACUGUGAUUGUUGUUGGAAUAUUUGUUAUAUCUGUGCUCUUUCCUGAGGGGAUAUG